AUGGGACCCAACUCAAUUCUUGAGCGGCCUGGUACCUACGGAUCAGAAAUGAACAGCGCCAUACAUAUUCGUCCUCAGCUGGCGCUUCAGAUCCCUUCACUGAGGUCUGUGCGCUUACGCAUGUGUAGAAUUUGUCCACAGAUUUUUGAAUUUCGGCAGGGCGACAGUGCUAUGCCGUUGCAGAUUGAGAGUAUUAUCAUCAAUCUCAGUCUCCAAGAUGUCGAUCGAUUCUCCGCAGGAUUUAGUCAUCACUGUAAUGAGCCAAGGAGAGCCUUGAGCCUAUACAGUGAGAUGAUUGCGACGGGUACUGAGAUUGCAAAACAAACCCCAAGCCUCAAAGUAUUCAAAAUUCUGUGCCACAAGCAUCCAACUUCCGAUACGAUGACUAUGAACUGUAUUACUGGGAUUAGGACCAUUCUUGCUGGCGCCGCCUGGGACUGGGGCGAUGAAGGGGAGUCUGACCCUGGCGAAUGGGUUUCCUCAUCCUCAUCGGAUAGUGAUUCCUCAAGUUGA